AAAUUGUCCUCUUAAUUAACCGAACCCCCUCCCCCCUCUUUUCGCCUUCUCCGCCGCCUCCUCCUCCCCUCUCUCUGCCCGAUAUUCGCUUCUCCGAUUGAUGUCCGCCCCGCUCCGGAGAAGGACUCGCUUCCCUUUUCUACGUUCUCGCCCCCAGUUUUAGCUGUCCGUGGAUCGCUUGCCGCUGCGGCUUCUGCUUUAGAUUUCGAAGUUUUCCGACGGAUCCAUCGAUUUGAGGCGGAGAUCGGUGGGCCGGCGGUUUCUUGAAGGGAUUUAGCUGGCUUGUGGGAGUGUUUCUUUCUUUCUUUCUUUCUUUCUUUUUGAUUCUUGAUUUGUGGAAUUAGGGUUUUGAGGGUUUCUUGGAGAUGCCGCGGAGCUCUCGGCACAGAUCCCACAGGUCUCACAAGCACAGGGACGAGAGGGAUCGGUCCGACUCCGAGGAGGAUGGGAACUCGAGGGAGAGGCAGCUGAGGGAGGAAGAGCCUGCUGCCACUGCGUUAGCUAGGGUUUCUAGAGAUCUGGAGCCGGAGAGGCGGAAAUCCACAAAUUUGCCUCAGGGGAAAGAUUUGAUUGGUUCCAGCAACGGUGAUAUUACUAGGGAGCAUGGAAGGAAAAGGAAAGAACGGACUGAGGACGUGGCAGUGGCUGAUCGGUGGAAUGGGGCAGGGGAGGAUGAUCUUGUGGCUGAUAAGAAGUCCAAAGGGGAGGAAUUUGGACCUGUAGACUUGGAUAAGAGCUCCAAGUCAAAGCUUUCGGCUUCUGAUUCAAAGAGCAGGUCGAGCCGAAGGUGUGAGGGCUCAAGUGAGAGGAAUGAGGAGAGUGGAGGUAAGGUUGCUUCGGCAAAGCGGAGGUUGGAGAGGGACUCGAGCCGGAGAGAGAGUGAUAGUCAAUAUAAGGAGACAAAGGACAGGGACAGAGAGCGGGCAUCUGACAGGGAUAAGAAGACCCAAGAUUCCAAGCAUGCCAGGUCUGAUGAUGUGAGUAGAAGGUAUAGCACUAAAACAAGAAGUCCUGAAGAAGAACACGCAACAAAGAAGGAUAUAGAAAAUAGUGAAUGGCAAAUACAACAUGACUUGCACAAUCCUGAUUUUGAAAAAGAGCUUGAGAAACGUGUUAGGAGGUGGAGAGAUAACUCUGAAGAUAAAGAUAAAUGGUUAGGUGAUGGCAGAGACAGUGAUGAUAGGAGCGAUACGAGACUAUAUUCUAGAGAUGACCAUACUAAAAAUAUAAGCUACAAGGAUGAAAGGCAUGAAGAUGGAAAGUAUAGAGAUAAAUACAGGGAUAAUGUCCACAGGGACCGAAAACACUGGGAUGACAAGCGCCGAGAUGAGCGCUUGUCUCAGGAUCAUGUUGGUGACAGGACUGACAAUAAGCAUUAUAGAGAUGAAAACAAGCCCUCCGAGAGUCAUUAUAAAAAAAAUAAGCUUCAGGACAGUGAUCAUGAUGGCAUCCCGUGUUUUGAAGAUCAUGGCACCAAGCUUAAAGAUAACAGGGGAAGGAAAAGGUUCUCUGAGGGGUAUGAGGAUCAUGGUGAUUCAAAGACUCGUGGUGCAAAGGAGCCAUGUGAAGAUGGGGGGAAAGUUUUAUCCAGUACUACUAAAAUAUAUGCCCAUACCGAUAGAUCUAGGACAGAGCAUCAACACUCAGACAAGGUCGAUUCUAGUCCAAACAAUAACAGACCAAAGAGCUCUGCCAGCUCCAGUGCUUAUGCUGUCAAAGAUCAUAGCAGGCAUAGCUCAAAGCAAGCAGAUUCUAAAUUCAGAGAAUCACCAUCCGAAGAGAGAAUUCGCCCUAGUGCUGCUGCUUCAGGAGAUCGUGCAACUGCUGUUAGAGAUCGUCAGCGAGUUUCUGAGUCUCGAUCAACUGAUAAGUCUAAACCAAGGGAUCACAUCCAUUUGAUGGAAGCUGCUGCUUAUUCUCAGUAUGAUAGGACCCCAAGAUCUGAUGCUUAUACUUCACUGAAUAAGUUAAAAGACAAAUCUCCAUCUACUAGUGAGAGACGGUUUCCAGAUAGAACCAGUGCCAGAUGUAGUCUUGAUGCUGAAGUAGGACAAAAGCACAGCCGUUCCAAGGAUGGAGAUCGAGAAAGAGAAUUGCCUCUGGAGAGACCGAUUCUGGAUGACCGAUCUCAAAUGGAGUUUUGUAACAGGGAGCCCACUCCUGGUAUUUCAUCAUCUAACCGAGCUGGUCACUUCUCCGGCAGUUCACCUAAUCACCUUCCCCCUCCCCCGCCUGUCAGGCUUGGGUUUGAUGGUCCUUCAGUUUUGGGCUUGUAUGAAGAUGACAAUAGAGUCCAGGUUGGUGAUCGUAAACUCUAUAACCGUCAGAGGAAGAGCAGUGAUGUCAGUUUGGGAAGAGGUCAUGGAAAUGCUUGGAGAAGUGGCCCGGCCUGGCCUUCUCCUUUAGCAAAUGGGUUCAUGCCCCUCCAACAUGGUCCAGCUCCAGCUGGAUUUCACCCGGCUAUGCAGCAGUUUCCUGGUCCUCCCUUGUUUGGCCUUAGACCGCCAAUGGAUUUGAGCCACACUGGGAUUUCCUAUCACCUACAAGAAGCAUCUGACAGGUUUACUGGCCAUGGCCGCACAUUUGGUUGGCACAAUCCAGUUGGUGAAUCAUGCCCUCCUCACUUGCAAGUAUGGGGUGGUAGUAACGGUGUAUUUGGCGAUGAAUCCCGUAUAUAUGGGAGGCCAGAAUGGGAUCAGAAUAGGCAUGCUGUAGGCAGCAGAGGUUGGGAGAUGAAUGCUGAUAUGUGGAAGGGACAAAAUGGUAGCAUGAAUGCAGAUUUUCCUGUACUUCAGAAGGAACCGGAACAUUCAACACGUGUUCUUGCAGACGAAGCUUGGGUUGGGCAACCUGGCCAGCAGUCCUGUGGUGAAGGGGCCCAGUCAGAACCUAUGUCAUCUGAAGGUAUUGAUGCAAAGAGAUUUAGUGAUACACCUUCAUCAAAAAAUGCUGUUGAAAGUCCUCCAAAAACUCUACAGAGAAAGAUAGCUGAGUCUUCUGAAACACCAGGCGACAGUAAUGCCAAUUUUUGUGCCAAGUACCUGUCAAGGAUUGACAUCUCGCUUGAUCUUGCUGAUUCAGAGUUGUACAAGAAGUGCAUGCCCCUAUUGGGGAAACUGGACAUGACUUAUGCUUGCAAUAAAUCUAAGCAUGAAUACUCCCAGGAUAAUAAAGAAGAUAUUAAAGUGAGAAGACAAGGCGCAAGUCGCCUCUUGAACUCACUCUUUCCCGCAACAAGAGAUGCUAUUUUUCAGAGAGCCAUGUUGCUGUAUAAGAAGCAGAAUGAAGGAUCGAAUGUGACCUAUCUUGCAUCACCAGCUGCCCGUUCAGAAGAGAAGAAAGAGUGUCAGCAAGCUUCAGAUGAGGGGAAAGUAUUGGAAGUUGGUGAGCAGACAUCCUCGGAAAACAUGGCUUCAGCAAAUGAGGGAAAAGACACGACUGUUGAUGCUGAUGUUGCCAAUUCCCCGAAGAAUAUGGAAGAAGCAAAAAGCACAGCCACAAAUGCAGAUGUUGCCAAUUCUGCGAGUAAUAUGGAAGAAGCAAAAAGCACGGCUACAAAUGCUGAUGUUUCCAUUUCUGCUAGUACCGUGGAAGAAGCGGAGAACACAACCACCACUGAUGCUGUUGGUGCCAAUUCUGCUAGUAAGGUGGAAGAGGUGAAGAACACGGUUACUGAUGCCUGUGGUGCUAGUUCUGCUAGUGACAUGGAAGCAGCAAAGAACAUAAUUACUGAUGCCAAGGAGCAGCAAUCUGAUUUUGUUUCUGAUGCUGCGUUUGCCAAUGGUUCUCAGGCUUGUAAGGUUUUAAAGGCAGAAUGUAGGGUAAAUUUAAGUCGGAUACAUGAUUCUUCUGAAAGUACACAUUGAAACAUUUUCUAUUUGGUUUUCUAAUGCCAUCAGGGUCAGGGGCCCUUUUAUGCCUGUUUUUGAU